AUGUCUGCGUCAUUUACCUUUGGUUCUUUUGGCGAUAUCAUCACUACGGUGCAGCUAGUAUGGCGGUUAUCGCAGGCAAUCAGCGACAGCCAUGGCUCAGCACAAGAGUUCAGGGAAUUGGUCGACGAGUUGAACCUUUUCCACAAAACACUCGAUGAGCUACUCAACUUCUGGCAGUCGAGAUCCCGAAGCGCCGAGCUCGAUCGUCUUGCCGACUCCUUGAAGCCAGCGGUAGACGAGUGUCGGGAAGCGAUUGAAUCAUUUUUCAAGCGACAAUUCAGGCAAUAUGCCAGCAGCUUCUCACCUCAGAAGAAAUCUCGAAAAUCCAUCGGUGAUAUAUUCAAGCGCAUACGCUGGAGUGUGUUAGAGAAGGAAAAAGUCACUCAGCUACGCAAUAAACUCCGUCGUAACAAAGAACUCAUAGAUUGGAUACAUGCGAUCGCCUCGGGUAUCGGUCAAGAACAAGAUCGUGACCUUGUUGCAGCGAGACUCGAGAGUCUCGCAAAUGCCGAGGCUCAGGCUGCCAAUCAGCUCGACAAGCAGUUUGUAAAAGUUCUUGGAUACUUGGAAACUCACACGACAGUCGCUACCAAAACCGAGAAGAAUGUUGUUGCUGUUCUUUCGGAGCUACGCACCGCAAACUCGCGUAUUUCUAGUGUCCAGGCUGAGAUCGCAUCCUUAUCUCGCGUUCCUGAUGCCAUCGACCCGUACAGAUAUAACCGUGUUCUAAUUGAAGACGCGCUGGGCUCUACCAUUCCCGUACCUCUGGAUAUCAAUCCUUCUUGGCAGACAAUCGAAUCAAUGGUGAGGGACCAGUUUAGAAACCGACCUGGCCAGGCACUCGUCAUGAAAAAGAAGUAUGUCUUGCAUGACCUCGCUACCGGCACGGACUUGAAUUUGAAAGCCGACUUUCAUCACUUGGUGCGGCCUGGCCAAACACUUGCCAUGGCUAUGACAUUUGGAGCCGAUGUUGACUCGACAGGUAGUGCCAAUCCUCGAUGCAGUUUCAUCUUUCGGAAGGUUUUGGACUUUUCCGAUAUGGACGAUGACGCUAUCGACAAGUGGUUGGCUCAACCCGAACACGACCAGAAUUCCAAGGCCUUUUUGAAUGACGAAUACAAUGGAAACGACAAUCUCUCACUGCUUCUGGCUGAACGGGAGAACAUGGAGGGCCCCGACAUUUUCAAGAGAGUCAGAUACAUCAGUCGGUGGGAAGACCUUGAAGAUUCCCGCGGAUCACUUAGCGCAACGAUGAAUGGAAUCCGUUUCUGGGGAAUAGGAGAUAACGGAUGGGCCAUUGAAGCUGUAUGGAACAUCAGAGCUCUGGCAGUAGCCGAGGCAAAUUGGCAGGUACAUGAGCGUGAGCUAGCCCCAAUUUUCGGCGAGAACACAUGCUGGUACAGGGUGCAGUUCGCGGGCUACACUCGAAAAACUUCUGUUCCUGUUUUGACUGUAAUUACUGGAUCUCAGGACACCUGCCAAAGAAUCGUAAAAGCUCUCAGAACGCUAGACUUUAUCAGAGAUGGCCGCAUUCAGCUUGCGGUGUUGGGUACAGACCAGUCCCUCCCCCAAGACUGGUUAGAUGGUAUCCGACGACGAUACGAAUUGACGGAACCCGAACCACACCACGUCGCAUUUGACAAGACAGUGCAAGAUAUAAUACGAAAACGACAAAGGAUGCCACACAAUUAA